AUGGCAGCAUCGGUAAGGGCGGCUGCAAAGGGAAGGACGGGUAAUGUAACAUCUCUUUUUCGACUGACUUUUGUGUUACAGUCGAAACAUCAGCUGGAAAUCGAUCAGGCCGACUUGAAGUCUCAGAACACCGAACUCAUUGCAAACAAUGCCGCUCUUUCUGCAAUGAAGCGCAAGGUCGAAAAUGAGGUCCAAAUCGCAAGAAACGAACUCGAUGAAUGUCUCAAUGAGCUCAAGGCUUCCGAGGAACGAUCGCGCAAAGCUGCCGCCGACGCUGACCGCCUAGCUGAAGAGGUUCGACAAGAGCAGGAACAUGCCGCUCAUGUGGAUAGACAACGAAAAGGACUUGAACUUACUGCAAAGGAACUACAAGCCAAGAUCGAAGACGCCGAGAGGGCUAUGCUUCAAUUUGGACAAAAAGCCUUGUCCAAGGUAGAAGAGAAAGUACGUCAAGUCACCGCUCAGUACCAUGCCGAAACCCGCCGUCACCAGGAUGCCAUCAAAGGCUUGGCUAAACAGGAACGACGCUCUCGUGAGCUUCAGUUCCAGGUGAAUUCCAUGCUACCUUCAAUCCUACACGCUAUCCUUCCAUAUAACAUAACAACUAAUUGUGAAAUCGUUCACAAAAAAAGCUUUUAA